ACUUACGACUCCCUUUUGGUGUCGACUGACCACUGCCCACUGUCUUUUGUGUUGUCGCCGGUCCUUUACUUCACUCUUUUUCCGUUUCCAUCUCUGUUGCUCUUUGUUUCGGUCGCUGCGGAGUCUCAUAUGUCCGCUUCUGACGUCGGCAGACUCCCGAAGACAUACCGUACGAGCACGUUGACGGCGCUGUCAUCCCCGCCCGUGCUGACAGGCCGCGAUAAAAAAGACGCCAUCUACCUUACCCUGCGUUGGCGCAGGUGAAGAGUCUCUACCACACGGCGCUGGGCCCUUUGAGCUCACCAUCACCAUGGACGAGUGGACAUCGAAGCAGCUCCCUGAGCGUCUGCCCUUCUCCAAGAAGCGACUUCCCAAGAGCGUCAUUUUCUCAUACAUUGGCGACUAUCUCAUCAUCUUCGCAUUGUUGAUCAUAUUCACCAUCGUGGAUAAGAUUCCCCCUUUCCACCAGCACUUUGCCCUCGAAAACUACACGCUCCACUACCCCUUCGCUACAAAGGAACGCGUGCCCGUCUUUUGGCUAUGCGUUUACGUUAUCCUCGCGCCCGCCGUCAUCAUCGGCAUCUACACAAUGGUCAUUGAUGGUCUCUUCUCACAUCAGACGGCAAUGCCGGCCGGAAGAGCCGGCAUCAAGCGCCUCUCUGGACGGUACCGGUUCAAGGACCGCCUAUGGGAGUUAAAUUGCGGCAUUCUAGGCCUGGGUCUGAGCAUCGGCGCCGCCUAUACCAUCACGGGCGCAUUGAAGAAUGCCAUCGGAAAGCCACGACCGGAUCUUAUAAGCCGGUGCAUGAUAGACGAGACGAAGAUCAAUACCGCAAAAUACGCCCUUCAAACCAUCGACAUUUGCACCCAGACCAACAAUUACAUUCUCCAGGAUGGCUUCAAGAGUUUUCCGUCAGGACACAGCAGUGUUUCAUUCGCUGGUCUCUUCUACCUCUCCAUCUACCUCGCCGGCAAGCUACACGUUAUGGACGCAAAGGGUGAGGUCUGGAGGACAUUGAUUGUCCUGGUUCCUGCACUAGGCGCUGCUCUCAUCACCGGCACCCGUAUCAUGGAUGCCCGUCAUCACCCAUUCGACGUCAUCUCAGGCGCUCUCAUUGGAAUACUAGUUUCCUGGGCUUCCUACCGACAGUACUUCCCUCCUGUUACCGAGACCUGGCGCAAGGGACGUGCGUACCCGAUUCGAGCCUGGGGCAAGGCAUCUCGAGCUCCUCCGUCUGGCGCAAUGGACGACGACGCACAACCGCUACAACAAAUGAACAAGCCGAUAGAUGAGGAACGCGGAGAAGCAUCUGGCUACUCUUCUACGACCGUGGUGCCUGAUAACAUCGAUACUACAGGCAAUGUGUUCCGUCAGCAAAUCCACAACUCGCAACGAAGACGUCAAGACCGUCAAGACUCAGAGUCCCAAUACGGCGUAGAUCGAAGUGAUACCAACGCGUCGAGCAACUACCGAACUGGGACCAUGGGAUCUACCAUGACUGCAAAGGUCAACAAGUACCAAACUCAGUUGCCUGCCACGAACCCUUUUGCCGCUGAUGUUGCACGCCAACGCCAAAUGGAUACCUACGACUACUCAUCUUCUGAAGACGAGAACCAUUAUGAGCUUCAACCACGUGGUGCUGGUGCUGGUGCUUACAACCCAGUAUCUGGCAGACUUACCGAUACUGGCUAUCAUCCUCCAACUGGCAUUUCGCCUGCUCCUACACCGCCCCCUCCGAUGACCAGUAUCCUAGCGAAUCAACACACCAUGAUGUCACCGACGGGAGAUUUGGCUGAUAGAAGAGACAUUGGACCACCACCUCCACUUCAUGCUCCAGGUACCACGCCUCAGCAAAUAUAAAGCAUUGUUCAAAUUUUAGCUGCUAGCGGCUCCUUGGUGGUAGUCUGGACUGCUGUUCUAUAUCCAUAUUUACUUUUCUUCAUUACAACGUUUGAACAUGCAAAUAAGGCGUAAUGGGGAAUAAUCUUUAAAUUAGUCGGCUUCGAUACGUACGUGCCCAUUUGGAGCAGGAGUGUGGAGUUUGGACGGAACUAGGUUGGGAUUAGUGUUUUCACGGGGCAAAUACAUGGUGUGUAGCACUGAUAGCAAGUUAACUUGAAAUGACGAAUCCUCAAGCGCGUAUUAUUG